CUCAUCCUUGUCAUUCCUCCCACUUAAUUUUGUGCUUUCUAUCCUACGAUUGACAACAGACGAUAUUUACAAUGAUGCUCACGUCUUCGAAUGCGCUGAGUGCUCUGGCACUCUUCCUUAUCUCGGCCCAGGCCCUUGAAUGGGGUACAUACGCUUGCAUGAAGAGUUCUGGGGACAUGACUAAACUAGGCUCAUCGCCAUACCAAUCUCCCGGCUUGUGCCAGAAUUUGUGUGAGAAAGAGAAGGGUUAUUUCUUUGCCUUGCAAGACGAGGAUUGCUGGUGUGGCAGUCAGCCCCCCGCCUUUGGUAGUAUGGGUGGUUCGUGCGAUACGGUCUGUCCAGGCUAUCCCUACGACAAGUGUGGCGGCGACGGGAGUUACUCGGUUUGGGAAUUGGAGGAGGACUAUUCAAAUCCUAGUCUGGAGUCAAACACCGCGACGAUGACCUCAACGGCAAUGACUUCCUCUUCCGCUUCCUCCUCUUCCCUCUCUUCUUCUUCGCUUUCAUCCGCUGAUCCUGCGGCCGUGACAUCAAGCUCGGCGACGGUGGCCUCAUCGUCUGGCGCCACCCCAUCGGGUACUACUACUACUACACCUGUGGCUCAGGCCGUUCAUACCAAUGCGGCCAGCCGUCCCUCCCGAUUCUUGUUUUUCUAAUCUCAACAGUACGAUGAAGCUAUCGGCCGCAAGUGUGCUGGUUGUUGAAACAUGUACAAUAUGCUUUUCGUCUGCACAUGCGGACCCUAAGAUUCUAUUUCUCUCCUGCUAGACACUUGCCCUCAACAGCCUGCCUGCCCAAUAGCAGAAGCUUAGAACGUCACAUCAUGUCUAACUUUAUAUCUCGC